UCCUGGUAAUGCAAUAAAAAGACACUGAGACCAAAAACCAAAGAUUGUUCAAACUUCAAAGUUCAAACCUCCACCAUACUAGUAUAUUAUUAUAACUGUGUGUCAGCCACUCUGCCUCCUCCAAUAUUUUACAAUCUACAACAAACAAAACAAAGCAAAUCCCAACGUGCUUCAAAAAGCUUCUUUUAUCCCUCAAAAAUCCUUACACUUCUCUCUAGUGUCUCUUCACGAAAAAAUGGGAUUGUUAACAGCAAAAAUCAUCACAAUCUUCAUAUUUUUGUGUUGUCUUGAACACAUAUCUCAAGCCAAGAUAAAGAAAUUUGACAAGCAAUAUGGAGACCCUUUUGACGAUACAUAUAGACCAAUCUUUGAAAUCAAACACCCUGCACAAAUAAACUUAGGGGCACUUCAAAUUACCCCUGACACAGCUUCCUCAGAUUACCCAAUGUUCAACAACUCAGGCAGAAUCCUCUUGAAACGGCCCUUCAAGUUGUGGGAGAGCACUGAUAAUGACACAAGGGUGGCGUCUUUCAACACUUCGUUUCUCGUCAACAUUUACAGGCCAACAAAUCAGACUGCUGCCGAAGGGUUAGCUUUCUUGAUUUGCCCAGAUUUCGAGCUGCCACAAAACAGCCAGGGCCAAUAUUUGGGCUUAACAAAUGCUACCACAGAUGGAAAUUCUAAUAAUAAAAUUAUCGCGGUUGAGCUAGACACUUUCAAGCAAGAUUUUGAUAUCGAUGCCAACCAUAUUGGCAUCGAUAUUAACAGCGUUGAAUCUAUAAAGUCUAAAUCCUUAACCCCAGGUGGCAUUGAACUUGCUCCAAAGGGUGCAAGAUUUUACAAUAUUUGGGUACAAUAUAAUGGUAUAAACAAAGUUCUUGAUGUGUACAUUGCUGAACAAGCAAAGAAAAAUGGGUCCACCCCACAAAGGCCAAGUGAUCCAAUACUAACUCACAAUCUUGAUUUAAGACAAUUUGUAAAUCAAGAAUCACACUUUGGUUUCUCUGCUUCAACAGGGCAUUUUAAUCAAUUAAACUGUGUGUUAAGAUGGAACUUAACAGUUGAGUAUUUUCAAGAAAAAAAUCAAGGGUUUAUAAUUGGUUUAUCUGUUGGGUUGUCAGUAUUUGUUGUGUUCUUGAUUUUGUCAGCAUAUUUUGGGUAUUGUUACUACAAGAAAAGGGCUGCUAGGUCUCAAUCAAAUAUUUUGGGGGCAUUAAAGAGUUUACCUGGAAUGCCUAGGGAUUUUGAGUUUAAGGAGUUGAAAAAAGCUACUAAUAAUUUUGAUGAAAAGAAUAAGCUUGGUGAAGGGGGAUUUGGAGUGGUUUACAAAGGGUAUUUAGUUGGUGAAAAUUUGGAAAUUGCAGUGAAGUGGUUUUCAAGGGAGAGUAUCAAGGGUCAGGAUGAUUUCUUGGCUGAGCUGACUAUUAUCAACCGUCUAAGGCAUAAACAUCUUGUCAAAUUACUUGGAUGGAGCCACAAGCAUGGAAAGCUACUUCUUGUAUAUGAGUACAUGCCAAAUGGUAGCCUAGACAAACAUCUCUUUUCAGGGCCAGAAAAAGAGCCACUCAGCUGGAAUGUCCGGUACAAGAUUGUAUCGGGGGUCGCCUCAGCCCUGCACUAUCUGCACAAUGAGUACGAGCAGAAGGUGGUCCAUCGAGAUCUCAAGGCGAACAACAUCAUGCUCGACUCAAACUUCAAUGCACGGCUUGGGGAUUUUGGCCUGGCACGAGCAAUUGACAACGAGAAGACCUCAUAUGCUGAUGAGGCCGAGGGCGUCCUUGGCACGAUGGGGUACAUCGCACCAGAGUGCUUCCACACGGGAAAAGCCACUCAACAUUCUGAUGUCUAUGCGUUCGGGGCAGUGUUGCUUGAAGUAGUAUGUGGCCAGAGGCCUGGAACCAAAGUAAACGGCUUUCAACUCUUUAUUGAUUGGGUUUGGUAUUUGCAUCGCGAUGGAAGAAUCCUUGAAUCUGUUGACACGAGGCUCGGGGAUGAUUAUAACGUUGACGAAGCAAAGAGAUUGUUGCUACUGGCUCUGGCUUGUUGCCAUCCGAUUGCUAGUGAACGGCCUAAAACACAAACUAUAGUUCAAAUUAUAUCAGGGUCAGUGCCAGCGCCAGACGUUCCACCAUUCAAGCCAGCAUUCGUGUGGCCUUCUAUGGUGCCAAUUGACAUUGAUUCGGGUAAUGUUGAUACGAUAUCCAUCACAACUCCCCAGUUCAGUUCAGGGAACAACAGUAUUGAGUAUCAAAGCAAGUGGGUUUACCAAUAGCAACAUAUAUAUAGGCCACUUUUAUGGUGUAGUUAGUUUAGUUUUAUAAAACAACUAUUACCAACAGGAAAGAAAAGUUGAUUUUACUUUCUCUUUUAAUGUUUUCUUGCCUGUAAUUAUGUUUUCUGAUGAGGUUGUCAAAAGAUUUCUUCUGUUUUUCCUUGUUUUGAUAUAUAUAUAUAUAUAUAUUUUUUUUUUGCUUCAAGUUUGU